GGGACACGGCUAGACGCUGGUGGAUUUUUCUACCCCGGAGCGCCUUACCUGAGCUCGGACCCUGGACUAUGGGGGCCCCUGGGGGAAAGAUCAACCGGCCGCGGACGGAGCUGAAAAAGAAACUGUUCAAGCGGCGCCGAGUGCUGAGCCGGGAGCGGAGGCGGCAGCACCGGGUGGUCGGGGCGGUGGUGGACGAGGGGCUUAUUACUCGCCAUCAUCUCAAGAAGCGGGCGUCCAGUGCCCGGGCCAACAUCACCCUGUCUGGGAAGAAGCGCAGGAAACUUUUGCAACAGAUCCGGCAUGCCCAGAAGGAGAAGGCUGCCAUGGAAGUGGAAGCCCCCCUGAAGCCAGGCAGGACUACUGAGGCAAAACCUAGACGGCAGAAGAAAAUGAAAACUGGAGUCAUCCAGGAUGUGGAGAUGGAAAACCUAGAACCUGACAGCUGAGCCCCAACAACCUCAGAAGAGACUAUCCCUUCACUUAGGACAAGGAGGCAGAGCCCAACGCAGACAGGCUCCAGUCUUUCUCCCUCCUCCCCUCCUGCCCCCUCCACUCUUCAAGUCCCUUUGCUCAGGGAGGGGAGGUGUUAAAUAUUGCUUCCUCUGCUUUCUGUGGGGGGGGGGGGAGAAGGGGGCAGAUGGUUCAGUAGUGAUGACAGUUUAUAAUAAAGUCAUUUGAAUUCUG